GCUGAUUUGAACGCGCCGCGCCGGAAGAAGGUGGGUGCGGUGGGAGAGGGUGCGGGGCGUCUCCGUCCCGAGUCCGGGGGCUCCCGUCUGUGGUGUGGGCACGCCUGAGCGACCCGAGACAUCAGCGGCGGGAACCGACGAAAGGUGUUGCCAUGGUGAUGACUGUGGAGGACAGCGUGGUUCGGGUGGUCGUGCGGGUGAGGCCUCCCACCCCUAGGGAGCUAGAGAGUCAGCGCCGGCCUGUGAUUCAGGUGGUAGAUGAGAGGAUGCUGGUGUUUGACCCCGAAGAGUGUGAUGGGGGAUUUUCUGGCCUAAAAUGGACUGGCUCCCACAAUGGCCCCAAGAAGAAGGGCAAAGACCUGACAUUUGUCUUUGACCGGGUCUUUGGUGAGGCAGCCACUCAACAGGAUGUGUUCCAGCACACUACACACAGCAUCCUUGACAGCUUCCUCCAGGGCUACAACUGCUCAGUGUUUGCCUAUGGAGCCACUGGGGCUGGGAAGACACACACCAUGCUGGGAAAGGAGGGAGACCCUGGCAUCAUGUACCUAACCACCAUGGAACUAUAUAGGCGUCUUGAAGCCCGCCAGGAAGAAAAAAAAUUCGAGGUCCUCAUCAGUUACCUGGAGGUGUAUAAUGAGCAGAUUCAUGACCUCCUGGAGCCCAAAGGACCCCUCACCAUCCGUGAGGACCCUGAUAAGGGAGUGGUGGUGCCGGGACUUUCUUUCCACCAGCCAGCCUCAGCCACACAGCUACUAGAGAUGCUGACCAGAGGCAACUGCAGCCGCACACAGCACCCCACGGAUGCCAACGCCACAUCUUCCCGCUCUCAUGCCAUCUUCCAGAUCUUUGUAAAGCAGCAGGACCGGGUUCCAGGACUGACCCAGGCCCUUCAAGUAGCUAAGAUGAGCCUGAUUGACCUGGCUGGCUCAGAGCGGGCAUCUAGUACCCAUGCCAAAGGAGAGCGGCUACGGGAGGGUGCCAACAUCAACCGCUCUCUGUUAGCACUCAUCAAUGUCCUCAAUGCCCUGGCCGAUGCAAAGGGCCGCAAGUCUCAUGUGCCCUACCGAGACAGCAAGCUGACGCGCCUGCUCAAGGACUCCAUUGGGGGCAACUGCCGCACUGUGAUGAUCGCUGCCAUCAGCCCUUCCAGCCUCACCUAUGAGGAUACUUAUAACACCCUCAAAUAUGCCGACCGUGCCAAGGAGAUCAGACUCACGCUGAAGAGCAACGUGAUCAGUCUGGACCAUCACAUCAGCCAGUAUGCUACCAUCUGCCAACAGCUCCAGGCUGAGGUGGCUGCCCUGAGGGAGAAGCUCCAGAUGUAUGAGACAGGGGCCCAGGCCCUGCAACAGCGCUCUCCACAGUCCUCCAAGUUGAGCACACCACAACACCUUCCAAGCUCCCCAUUACAGCCUGGGCACUCCAGCCAGUCCUGUACCCCAGAACUCCAUGCAAAGUGUGGAACCCUUCAAGAGGAGAGCCUGGAGACAGAGGCUCAGAAACAGAUGGUUGUGGAAGGAAAUGUUUCCCAUCAGGAACAGUCUCCACAGGACAAGCAGAUGCCAGAGCCGAGCUUGCCAGAGUCCCCUAGUCUGACUUUGCAGCCGAAGCUAGUCAUGAGCCAACACUCGCCACAGAAAUGGGACAGGGACCAUUUUAAGCAGUUGGCCCUCCGGGUGCUGCGCCUGGCCCAGAGACAAUACUCCCUGCUGCAGGCAGCCAACCUUCUGACUCCUGACAUGAUCUCAGAACUUGAGACCCUGCAGCAGCUGGUGCAUGAGGAAAACACUGAACUCGGGACUCAGAGCCCCAGGACUCCUGGUCGGGCGAAGGGGGACCCUCUAGAUCAGGAGCUGUAUUUGGAGUCUAAGUCUUCAGGGUACUGUGGUCCUGUGACCCGGACCAUGGCAAAGCAACUGAAUGGCCUCACACACACUCUGGGAAUCCCACUUGGACCUGACUGCACCUCAGAUAAGACAUUCCAAAAGCCCUCCAAGGAGAAGAAGAAAAGGAAACUGAACCCAGCAGAACCCAGCAGCCCACCAGCCCCAAAUCUGGAGACUAAGCGCCAGCGCCAGUCCUUCCUUCCCUGCCUGAAGAGGGGCUCUCUACCUAAGGCCCAGCCUUCCUCUGAGCCCAGAACUCCCGAAGGAGAAAGGACCUCCUCCCGAGUCUGCCCAGCUACAGUCAUUAAAGGCCGGGUCCCCCUGGCCUCUUCUGCCUUACAGAACUGCUCUACUCCUCUUGUCCUACCCACUCGUGACCUCAACACCACCUUCAACAUCUCUGAGGAGUCCCCCUCCAAACCCAGCUUCCAUGAACUUGUUGGCUGUGAGGCAGUCUCCCAGGAGCUGACGAGCAAAGACCAGCCCUCCAUCCCUAGUGCACCUGUGCUCCUGUUCACCACGAUGGGCCCCAAAUCUUCUCUACCUACAACCACUGCCGGCAAGAAGAGGCGCACUGUGAGGUCUUCAGUUUCCCGAGGCCGCAGCUGCAUUGCCCGCCUUCCCAGUAGCACUUUGAAGAAUCCAGACAGACCCUUCACAGCCCCUGAACCACCCUUGAUUCUCCACUGCCUUGGUGACCAGAGGACUCAUAAGGGACUGAUUGGGGUGACAGAGUGCUGUUAACUGGGUAUCCUGACCACGAGACCUCCAAGCUUGUCCUGACUCACCAACACCUUUAGGCUAACAGCCUUCUUCGGUCUGGAACUGCCAAUACCAUGUGCCCCUGCCCUGCCCUCUAGACCUCGGAACAAUUAACACCAACGUGCCUUUCCUGUAUUAACACCAACAUGCCUUUCCUGUAUUAACACCCUCCCCAACUAUCCAUCUGCCCCUUGCCUUCUUUAUUACACUCUGUUACACUCAUCUUCCUGGUGUAUACAUAUUCACUUGUGAGUAUUAAACAUGUGGCUAUAUUA